ACGAAGAAGUUUACCUAACCUGGCACUGAGAAAACCAACAUGUCUGACGAAGAAGAAUCUAUGUCGGAAGGAUUUUCCGCCAGUGAGGACGAGUGGAAACCCAGUAAGGAAACUCGUGGCGGCGAAUCGUCGGACGAUGACGAUAGUGAUUUCGAGGAGUCAUCGCCAAUAGCUGCUAUUAGCGCAUCCAGCGGUGGAGGCGGAAGGAAAAGAGGGGAACGGGAGCCAAAAGCACGCAGUGCUGCCAAAAAAGGAACAUCGAAGAAGCGACCUGGCCUGUCAUUACGUGCCAAAUUGUACAACAAAUAUAGGCCACUGCCAAAGACAUGUUCUCCGCCGAGUAGUGAAGGCAAAAAUUCACCAUCGGCCUCUACUUCACGUACGAACUCAAAAAACGCCAAAACGCCCAAUGAAAGUAGUAGAAAACGCAACGAUAACGAAGACGAUGGCUCUAGCAGCGACGGCAGCAUCGACAACUAUUUGGUUGAUCCAAAUCAAAUUGACUUCGAGUCCAGUUUAUUUAAUUUGGACAAAGCUAACGAAUGCAAACCAUCAGUGUCACCAGUGCCCAAUUUUGAUUGCAACGCUGGUUUGGGUAAUUUAUCAGACUCAGAAUCCGAUGCUGACGAAAACAACGAUUCCGGUAAUUUUCAUAAAACAGAAGACACUAAGGCUUUUGAUUUUAGUGAUUUAUUACAAAAUGCCAAAAGCCUGGAGAGGGUAAAAGAAUCGUUGGCAAAGCACGCCGCUGAGGAGGCAGCUGCUAUGAAAGCUGGCACACCUUCCAAGAAAUCGUUGGGGUCUCAAAUUGAUACCAUGGAUGUAUAUUCGAUACUUGCAUUGGGCGAAAAACAACAUCGAUCUCACAACGAUGGUGAGGACGAAGAGGACGAUGAUGACGAAGAAGAGGAAGAUGUCAGAUCAAAGGGUAGCAGCAGAGAUCGUCAUGGCAAAGAACCGUCGAAACUGAGCAAAACGAAAUCAACUCGCGUCAAACGUCAUACCAAAACCCGACCAGCCUCUACUGUGGUGGCGGGCGGCGAAACGGACGAUUCCGAUUUUGAGGAAGUUGCAGGUAGGAAACGCAAGUAGUGACACCUUGUAUAUUGGUUGGUGAUGGUUGGUUGGCUAUAGGCGUAAUCGUAUCGUCAUUGUUAUGAUUGUAGU